AUGUAAAAGGUUAUAUCAGAGUCAUAAUAAUCUUAUCCUAAACUUGAAAAAGGUAGUUACUAAUUUAUAGACACUGAAUCCUCUGAGAACUAAUCAAUGUCCUCAGUAUCAACUAUUAAAUAAAAUCCAAGAAGGAAAUGGAAUUGCUGUAAAAUAAAUUUAGACCCACUCAGAUCUUUUAAUAAAAAUAUAAUUGCCAUCUUUGCUUUACAUAACUUUAUUGAAGGAUUAAAGAGAGCAAAAGAAAAUUUCUCUGGAGCUUUAAUAUUGCUGAUUUUCUAAAACUUGAUCAAAAACGAGGCUGAUAAAGACUAAUUGUAAGGUGCUAGUAUUUUGACCAAUUUAAGAUAUUAUUUAACAAACUGUGGUGGAAUAAUCAGUGCCAUAAUAGCAGCUAUCUCAACCAAAUAUCUUGGGACUAGUAAUAGCUAUUGGAUCAUAUGUGCCCUAAUUAUCAUUCAACUAAUAGUGUUUAUCUUCUUUUCCUAUUAUAUGAAAAGAUAAAGUCUAACCAAAUAGACUAUGGAAACUUUAAUAGAUGAUAAAGAUAAAGUUGAGAAUUUUGACAAAAAUAGUAAUAUAAAAAAUAACAAUUCUAUAAACAUUACUUCAAUAAACCAAAGGACAAAUAUUCUAAAAAAUCCAAAAAGAUAAACAAAGCGAACAUUUUGCUAAAAGAUAUAGAUGCUUAGAGAGAUUUAUUUAACACUAGCUUUCAUUUUUAUCCACGCCAUUCUUUCUCCAUCAUAUGCACCUUUUGAAUCAAGAUUCAGCUCUUAAGUAUUAGGCUAUAGUAACACUACGAUAUGUCUGCUUGCGAUCAUCGGAUAUAUCAUUGCAAUUUAAGGAACUUUUUACGUUUAAAAAUGGUUUAACAACUCGGAACCUAGAAAUCUAGUUCUUAUUUUUUAACUUGCUAAAUUGGUUUCACUCUUCCUAAAUUAUAUUCAGAAUAUGAGAUGGAAUGUGGGUAUCCUUCCUGAUAUUGUUUACACAAUUGGGAUUUCAUUUUUAGCAGAUCCAAUUUAUGCGACAUUCUACGAUGUUGCUCUCUAGAUUAUUUACAUGAAAUUAUCUCCAUCAAGAUACUAAACUUCUAUGGGAGCCCUCUACCUUUCAUUUGCUAUUGUAUCUUAAAGUUUUGUUAGUACUCCAGUAGCAUUGGCACUGAAUACAUAAUUCACUCAGGUCGAUAAGAAUAAUAUAGAGGACAUCUAUAAACUCAAAUAUAUCCAAAUGAUCUUUUGUGUUGCAGUAAUACCAUUUACUUUUCUUCUGCCAAAUUUUGAUAGAUUAAACCGAUUCAACUCAGCCUUAGCAGAGUUAGAGCUUGACUAGGUAGCUGAUUAACCAAUCUCAGCAUCAGAUCUCAAAUUUUAAAAUCACAAUUCUUGGUAUGUGGGAGGAACCCUAGGCGAAAGUAGCUUUGAAACUUUCUAAAUUGAUAGAAAAAGUGUUGAGCAAAAUAUUAAGUUAAGAUUAAGAAAAAGCUAAAGACAAUAAUCUACUUAAAAUCAGAUUUGA